AUGUGGAGUCAGUCUGAAGUGGAUGCGUCGACAGCGAACGAUGCAACUGCUGAACUUCAAGCACUUAUCGAUGAGAUGCGUCUGCAAGAUUUUGACUCAAUUCGCUUUGCCACCUACAGAGCUGCGUGUAAAUUGCGUUUCAUUCAGAAGAAAACGAAUGUGCAUUUGGUUGAUAUUUGGAAUAUGAUCGAAUCGUUUCGAGAAAACGGCUUGAAUGCACUUCCAAUCUCUACUCAGGUUGCCAUUCAACAUCUAUCACCUCAAUUCUUACUAGAUCGGCAUUUCCAUUGCUACUUCAACUUGUGCCAUCUCAAAGAACUUGAUUGGUUCAAUUGA